AUGACAAAACCAAAGCGGCCCAAAUACGAGACCGUGCAGUACACGCCUCCUACGCCGCAAGUGUUUGGCAGCCAGCUGCCUAACGACAUCCCAGCGAAGCCUGCUGGGUCGACCUCAUCGUCAUUUAACGUUGACCGCCCCAGGAAUCGUCCAAAGCUGCAAGACAGAUUGGCAGUCUACGAGGACGACAAUCCACGCUGCCAACAGCUGAUUUGCACGAUUGGCAUUCUCUUUCCCCCGUUGUGGCUGGUCGGUGCAGCGAU